AUGUCGGUGAAACAGGGAUUUCGGAAAAGCCAGAAUGGCAGACCAGGCUGUGAGUCCCAGAGGCACAGCCACCCGCUGGGAGCUGGGCCACAGCUCAGCCAGGCUUUUGGUACGGUGAAGUCGUCGUGCUUGCUCCUCUUCCAGGCCCACACUUCAGCGUUUCAUGCUUCUGCAUGGGGAAGUGUAGCUGUAGAGGAGGCCUGGUCAGCACGAAAGGAUCUGUUGCUGUCUGUGGCGCUUGGCCAGGUACUCUCCCUCCUUAUCUGUGGCAUUGGUCUCACGAGCAAGUAUUUGUCAGAAGAUUUCCAUGCCAACACACCUGUUUUUCAGAGCUUCCUCAAUUAUAUCCUUCUAUUCUUGGUCUACACAACAACACUGGCUGUCAGACAAGGAGAAGAAAACUUGCUGGCAAUUUUGAAAAGGAGAUGGUGGAAGUACAUGAUCCUGGGGAUAAUAGAUAUAGAAGCCAAUUACCUGGUAGUCAAAGCUUAUCAAUACACCACUCUUACUAGUGUACAGCUCCUAGACUGUUUUGUCAUCCCAGUGGUGAUACUGCUCUCCUGGUUCUUCUUACUGGUACGAUACAAGGCAGUACAUUUCAUUGGGAUUGUGGUCUGCAUUCUGGGCAUGGGAUGCAUGGCAGGAGCAGAUGUCCUCGUUGGGAGACAGCAAGGAGCAGGUGAAAAUAAACUGAUAGGGGAUCUCUUAGUACUGGGCGGAGCAACGCUAUACGGCAUCUCGAACGUUUGUGAGGAGUAUAUCGUCCGAAAUCUGAGUCGAGUGGAAUUCCUGGGCAUGAUUGGACUCUUUGGUUCCUUCUUCAGUGGAAUUCAGCUUGCAAUCAUGGAACACAAAGAGCUGUUGAAAGUUCCCUGGGAUUGGCAAAUAGGCUUGUUGUAUGUUGGCUUUAGUGCCUGCAUGUUUGGCCUCUACAGCUUUAUGCCAGUGGUCAUAAAGAAAACCAGUGCUACUGCCGUCAACCUCUCCCUACUCACAGCUGACCUGUACAGCCUCUUCUGUGGAUUAUUCCUCUUUCACUACAAGUUUUCAGGACUUUACUUGUUGUCAUUCUUCACUAUCCUUGUUGGGCUGGUGCUCUACUCCUCCACGUCCACCUACGUAGCCCAGGAUCCUCGGGUGUACAAGCAGUUUCGAAACCCUUCAGGACCUGUUGUAGACCUGCCAGCCACUGGCCAGCUGGAGCCUUCGGUAACAUACACCAGCCUGGGGCAGGAGACGGAAGAGGAGCCUCACGUUAGAGUUGCUUAAACCCAGGGCUGUCGAUUACCUACUGAUGAUUCAGUGGAGCUCGUAUAUCCAUUAUCUCUGUAUUGUACAUAGAGAAAGGUAUUUACCAGGUGCAG